AUGAGAUCACUCAAUGUGAUAUAUUUACAUGCCCGGGCUUCCUGCACCAAUAUCCGAGACCGCUCGAUUUCCAAGCGCACUACGGUCGAUAUUAUUGGACCUGCGAAAAUCUCCAGUCGAAUCGGCGAAUGCGGAGACCACGGUAGUACAAAGUCGGGCAGUUAUUUUCGCCGGAGUCAGCAUAGUCAGAAACGCGCCGAGGUAAAAUGCACCUCAACCUCAGCCUUCCUAAUUUCUUCCAAGCAAAACCCAGAAUCAGCUCGAGGAAUCUUACUAUUAUUUAUCCCUCUCACUCUUCCAUCAAAAGACAUCUACUUCGGUACGUCUUUCAAGACCAGAUCGCAAUUUAUUGCCAUUAUGUCUCCUGAAUCCUCCAACAAGUACUACAAAGUCGGGGUCCUCCUGUUUCCAGGCGCAGACAUCCUCGACUUCGCAGGCCCAAUCGAAGUACUAUCCCAUGUCUCGCACAACCGAAACCCAGAAAGGCCCGACAGAAUGUUCGAAAUCAAAACCGUCGCUUGCAGCCCCGCGAUUCGUGCCGCGAAUUCGCUUACAGUUCACGCAGACCUGCUUUUGCCAGACGCAGUCGAUCAGAUUUCAGAAUUUCAUAUCCUAGUGAUCCCAGGUGGCCCCCCGUCAGUUUUGCAGCCAUUAAUCGAGAAUAACGUACCGGAGCUUGAUUUAAUUCGCAACUUUGCAGCGCUACCUGCAGAUUCGUCAUCAGGCACCCGGAUUUUGCUGUCGGUUUGCACCGGCGCCUUUCUGCUCGGGGCUGCGGGCGUACUCGGCGGAAUGACUGUGACGACCCACCAUCAUGGUCUUGACAGACUUCGAGAUAUUUGUGCUCGUACUAAUGCUCCGGGUGAGCCUGCUACGACUGUACUGCACAAGCGAUAUCUUAAUGGAGGUUUGUUGAAGGGUGGCGGUGUUCAACUCCUCACGGCGGGAGGGGUAAGCUCAGGUUUGGACGCCACAUGCUACCUUGUCAGUCAAUUGACAACACCUGACAUGGCAGCAUUUAUCACUCGGGUUAUGGAGUAUGAUUGGCGUGAGAUCGAAGAGUGA